GGUUAAUACGCCAUUCUGCGGUCAAGCAGUGAUGGAGUAACUGUGUCACGAUCAAUUCAGGAGGUUGCCGUGAAAACCACAGCAACAUAUUUUUGAAAUCCUACAAGACCAAAACUUCAUGGACUGCAGCACGUCCUCAUGAUGUCCUCGGAAGCAGCGGGACACGAACCAGCAACAAGCUGCUUUUUGAAUGAACUGUGACAAGGUGUUGUUCUUCCACCCCGCCCUCCUUCUGUCGUCUGUCUUCCGGGAACACUAAUAGGCUCCAUGCAGAGUAACGUGACCAAUUGAAUCAUUCUCGGCCCGGAGCUGGAAGUUGCCGAUCCACAGUGCAGAGAGCGUCGUGCUCACUCCAGCUGCAGCAGCAAAAAAAAAAAAAAAAAACUCUCAGUGGUGACACAAACGGUGUUUGUCUCAGGACUUCUCUGGGAUUCAUACCCUGUCCUGCCAAAGGAACUACUACAGCAUUCCGAAAGGUUUCGUCUGCUUUUUUUUUUCCCCCUUUGGCAGACCUUAGACCAGUUCAUUGGUGAAAAGGUCAACGGGCCCCUCUCGAACCCUGACUGCAGAUUGAGGAUCUGGAAAGAUGACAACCAAAUCCAAUAGCAGCGCUCUGGACAGCAAGGUGCCUUCCUCCCCUCUUCUGUCAUCAGCAAAGAGGCAACGUCUGGUCACCAAAGACGGGCGCUGCACCCUUCGCCCUCCGCUGUGUCCCUCUGGUUCAUGGCUCGGAGCGUCGAGCCGGGCCUGGCUUUUAGCCCUCCAUGAUGUGUGGGGACAGUUGGUGGGUUUGCGCUGGAGAUGGGUCCUCUUGACCUUCUGCGCAUCCUUUGUGGCCCACUGGCUGCUGUUCGCUUGUCUUUGGUACUUGCUGGCUCACAUCAACGGAGACCUCGAUGUGCUGGAUCACGACGCCCCGCCGCAGGGGCAUGUGGUUUGUGUGAAACACAUAACCAGCUUUGCAGCCGCUUUUUCCUUUUCCCUUGAGACGCAGCUCACCAUCGGCUACGGCACCAUGUUCCCCAGUGGCGAUUGUCCAAGUGCCAUAGCACUGCUGGCUGUGCAGAUGCUGCUGGGGCUCAUGCUUGAAGCAUUCAUCACAGGUGCAUUUGUGGCCAAGAUCUCUUGUCCUCAGAAGCGAGCCGGAGCCAUCCAGUUCAGCCACCAGGGUGUGGUGGGCCAGCACCAGGGCCAAACCUGCCUCAUGUUACGGGCCACAAACCUGCUGCGGCGUCCUCUGGUCGACGUGAAGGUGAGUGCCGUGCUCUAUGAGGAGCACGAAGGCCAACCCCUGCACCAAACCUCCCUGGACUUCUACGUGGACCACCUGGGCCAGCAUCCCUGCCCCUUCUUCAUCUUCCCGCUCACUUUUUACCAUCCCCUGGACCGCCGUAGCCCCCUCUACCCUGCCCUGCGUGAAGGCACGUCCAAUCACUUUGAGCUGGUGGUGUUCCUGUCAGCCUCGCAGGAGGGAACAGGGGACACCUGCCAGAAGAGGACCUCCUACUUGCGCCAGGAAAUCCAGUUUGAUCGUUGCUUUGCGCCCGCUUUGGGGCUGGAUGCCUGCGGAAGGUAUGUAAUGAGCAACCAUCACUUUGACACGAUGCACUCCAAGGACCCUUUGGACAAGGACUGUGUUGUGCAGAUCAACGGUGAUGGCAGCGACAGGAUGGAAUAAGGAUACUGGAGAGGAGGUUACACUGGGACAAAAGGGCAGUUCGUGAGAUACAAUUGUGGAGGGUAGAUAUGGAUCAGACGGUAUUUUGUCAGCUGGAAAGUAGACGAUUUGGGGAAAUUACAGUUUUUGUUGAAUCAUUUUUAGUUGUUAAUCAUUCAAUCUGUUCCCAGAGAAUGAUCCCAGAUGAACC